GUUCAACACAAACAAAGCACAUUAAUAUUGCUCCAUGAAAUAGUACCAACUCUGCUUUUUCUCUUCACACUUUUCACAUGAUCAAACAAAAAAAAGUGUACUAAUUGCUCAGUUUCCAUGAAAGGAACUCAAGCUUUGUAAAAACUGAUCUUGGUUUUUGUCUGAUCCAAAGUUAUUUACAGUACAUGAUAUAGAAAAUUAAAGUCACCCAGUAGGGCAAAAAAGUGCCUUGAAGUGCAAGAAGUCAUAUUUUCUCAAGAAAAUUUGUAAAAGCAACAGUCUUGGUUUUUGUGCUAGCUGACCCACUUGAUUUCUCAAUAAUGGGGUUCUCAAUUUGUGUUCAAGAAUACGUUUUGUGGAGUAAAUUUGAUGUGGGUUUUUGUUGAGAGUGUUGAAGGUUGAACCUUUUAGAAAAUUUGGGUGGUGGUGAGAGAGAAGUUGGAUUUGAGAUGAGAGGUGGUUCAGAUGUGGCGGUGGUCGGAAAAUUUGUGGUGGUGGCAGUUAAGGCGGCAAAGGAGCUUUCAAGAAGAGCUUUAGUUUGGGCUUUGACUCAUGUUGCUCAACCUGGUGACUGUAUUAAGCUCCUGGUGGUUCUCCCUACUCAAUCCUCAGGUAGUAAAAAGGUAUGGGGUUUCUCAAAGUUCACCAGUGACUGCACCAAUGGAAAAUCUCUAUCAGGAACCAAGUUAGAUCAGAGAGAUGAUAUUUCAAAUUCAUGCUCUGUUAUGUUGAGCCAUCUCCAUGAUGUUUAUGAUCCUGAUAAGAUAAAAAUCAGGGUAAAAAUUGUUGCUAGUUCAUCAUGUGGAGUGGUGGCUACUGAAGCCAAGAAGGUUCAAUCAAAUUGGGUUAUAUUGGACAAACAUUUGAAACAUGAGAGGAAAUACUGCAUGGAAGAGCUACAAUGUAAUGUAGUGGUUAUGAAACGGUCUCAGCCGAAGGUGCUUCGCCUGAAUUUAAUUGGUUCUCCAACGACGCAACCUGAAUAUUUAUCUUGGCCUUUGCCGACUGAUAUAGAAGCGUCUUCGAAGGACUUUAACAGAAAGUUUGACCAGCCUGAUGUACUAAGGGGGCCAUAUGUAACUCCUGUAAGUAGUCCGGAUCACGAAUCAUCAGCGACUACUACAGAUAUUGGAGCAUCAUCAAUGUCAAGCUCAGAUCCAGGGACUUCCCCUUUUUUCCUCUCCGGAAUUUAUGGGAGCCAGAAGAAAGAGCAUUUAUUGUUCACCGAUGAAAAUCAAAGUCUAUAUGAAUCUGAAUCUGAAUCUGAUGCAGAAAGCGACAAGCAGGCUCGUAGCUCCACAAGAUUAUAUUUCCAGCCAUGGAUGGACGAUUAUACGAGCUCUAGUGGUGAGCUUACAAAAGGUUUGCUUGAUGGUCAUCAAAGAUCCAAGAACACAGCUCUAACAAUUACAUACAAAGGCUUGCUGGAGAAUCUAUCUAAGUUAGAUCUAGAACCUGAUAUCGGUGUCCUGAACUGCAGAAUUGAUCUGAAUGUAAGCAGAAGUGUAAGGGAAGCAAUUUCUUUGUCUACACAUGUUCCUCCGGGUCCUCCUCCAUUAUGUUCAGUCUGUCGUCAUAAGUCUCCUGCUUUUGGAAAUCCUCCUAAGUGGUUUAGUUAUAUUGAACUUGAACACGCUACAGAUGGUUUUUCAGGACAAAAUUUCUUGGCUGAAGGUGGUUUUGGUUCUGUACACCGAGGCGUCUUGUCAAAUGGCCAAGUGAUUGCUGUCAAGCAACACAAAUUGGCCAGUUCGCAAGGUGAUCGAGAGUUUUGCUCAGAAGUUGAGGUUCUGAGCUGUGCACAACAUCGUAAUGUUGUGACAUUGAUUGGAUUCUGUGUGGAGGACGGAAGAAGAUUGCUAGUUUACGAAUACAUUUGCAAUGGAUCUUUAGAUUUGCACCUCUUUGGACAUAAUCGAGAUCCAUUAAUAUGGUCUGCGAGAAAAAAGAUUGCUGCUGGAGCAGCUAGAGGGUUGAGAUAUCUUCAUGAAGAAUGCAGAGUGGGGUGUAUUGUGCAUCGCGAUAUGAGGCCUAACAAUAUUCUCAUAACCCAUGAUUUUGAACCAUUGGUUGGUGACUUUGGACUGGCGAGGUGGCAACCAAAUGGAGACAUGGGAGUCGAAACAAGAAUAAUUGGAACAUUCGGGUAUUUGGCUCCAGAAUAUGCUCAAAGUGGCCAAAUCACAGAAAAAGCUGAUGUUUAUUCUUUUGGAGUAGUAUUGCUGGAGCUAGUUACAGGACGGAAAGCUAUUGAUUUAAAACGGCCUAAGGGCCAGCAGUGCCUAACCGAAUGGGCACGUCCGCUCCUAGAAAAGCAAGCGAUUCACGAACUGGUUGACCCACGCUUAAGAAAUUGCUACUCCGAAGAAGAGGUGCAUCACAUGCUGCAAUGUGCCUCACUAUGCCUCCGUCGCGACUCUCAUUUGAGGCCCCGUAUAUCUCAGGUGCUAAGGAUGCUGGAAGAUGACAUGGUUUAAAAUUCAAGCAGUCUCGAGUUUCAAGACGCUGCGAGUUUAAAAGCAGAUUGCUCAAGAACAAGAUCAGAUCAACUGAUCGAGGCCUUGAAAAAGAGAAGCUUUUAUUAGGAGAAAUUUUUUAAAGUUCAUUUUUAUAUGGUAGUCAAUUUUCCUAUUUCUAUUAGCUUGUGAUUGUAAAUUUUUGGAUGUAGAUGUAGCUAUAGUAAUGAAAUGGGGGAUUUGAACA